AUGAGUUUGCCGCCUGGAUUACCGAGGACGUUGUUAGAUGUGCGUAGAUCACGUAAAGGAGUUUUAACAAGAAUAGCAAACCAAUUGGAUGUACUGCUAGGCUCCGAAGUUCACGAUGAUUCUGCACAACGAGUAAACACCCUAGAGGAGCGUCUCGACGAAGCCUUUCAGAAGUUUAAAGACGUUCACGACGAAAUACUAAGUUAUCUUGUUGACCCAGCUGCCAUCGAAGAGUCUUUCAAGUACUUCGACGAAAAAUUCAUCGAAUAUAAUGAAUAUAAACGAAAAAUCACCGUUUGGAAGGAMGGCUUAGUGAAUCCCGAAGACUCUGUGAGCUGUGCUGUAUCCCAUUCGUCAUGGAAGUUACCGAAGGUCUCAUCGAACAGAGCAAUGCAUGCAGCUAAACGAGCAGCGCUUCAAGUCGAGGUUUAUUUGUUGAACAAGAAAUACGAACUCGCGGAAGAAAAGCUACGCCUACAGCGACAAGAAGAGCAGUUAAUGUUGGAGAUGGAGCUUCACAAAGUCAAAGCGCGGGAAGAUAUCUAUGAACGAGCCGAGUGCCGUSAAGAGAUGAGCGCUGCCCAUGACUUCGAAGAAUCAAUACCGAAAUUUCAUGUCCCUAAACCAUCKCCACAGCAUGCAAGGCCUACUUACGACUUGGAUCAAAAUCUUUGCCAUCCAAAAAUUGAAGCAGUCUCUGAAAACCGUUAUCAUGACCUGAAUGUGCUAGAAUCGCUACAAAAGCAAGUUGAAAGGCAACUGAAAGCCCAACGCCUUCCAAGAAUGGACCUCUUCACAUUUGAUAGCAACCCACUGAAUUACUACGCCUUCAUGAAGUCCUUCGAAAACAAUGUAGAAAAGUGUACCGAUGAUUCCAGUCAAAGAAUCCAGCUGCUAAUCCAAUAUUGUUCUGGGAAAGCUAAAGACAUCGUUAAAGGUUGUAUCAUGUUAAAMGCGGACGAAGGCUACAAGACUGCAAAGCGUCUCUUGGAAAAGAGAUUUGGUGAUAAGUACGUGAUCACCGACGCUUGGAUAAAAAAGAUUGCUUAUGGUCCACCUAUAAGUUCUACUGACCGUGAAUCGUUACAAGACUUGGCAGACGAUCUAGAAAACUGUGUCAUAGUGCUGGAUGUUACUGGACGACUCUCCGAAAUAAGCACAGAUGAAAAGCUCGUAAAGAUUGUGCAGAGGUUGCCUCCCUAUCUGAGAUCACGUUGGCAAGCUAAAGCCAGAGAAAUAAGAGACAACGACGAAGCACCGAACAUUGAUCACCUAAAACGUUUUGUUUCAAGAGCAGCAGCAGAGAAAAACGAUCCUGUGUUUGGCAGCGUCUUAGAUCGUGGUGACAGCAAAGAAAAGCUACAAACCAAAAGACAAGUACCCUACAACACUAAAGUACAAGACUGCACAUUUUCCCGUAAACACCUUGGAGUUCUUCAUGAAGCACUAUUGAGCCUUCGACAAGACAAGUAUACUAAACAGCAAGGAGGAGAAAACAAAGGUAACGGCUUCGUGGGUUUGGCCAGUAAGAAUCCUGAUGUGUCAAGGAUAAAAGCUUUGCCAAUCGUUCCUGUUAAAGUCAAAGGUAAAGGUUUAAAAAACGUGGUGAAAGUGUACGCAUUGCUUGAUACUGGUUCGACUUCUACAUGGUGCUCUUCCAGCCUACUAGAACACCUGGAAGUACGUGGAUGUGAUGAGAAGGUUUCCCUAACUACUAUCGCUACAAGUAACGUCAGCGUCGCCACUCAGAGAGUUAGUCUAGAAGUUAUGGACCUAGAUGAAAAUUCAAUGGUCGAAAUUGUUGAUGUGUACGCCACACCUGAUUUACGCGUAUCUUCAAGCAACAUUCCCCAACAGCAAGAUACUGAUUGUUGGCCACACCUGGAAGGAGUAAGACUGCCAUGCAUCCAAGCUAAGGUGGAAUUGCUAAUUGGCCAGAACGCCCAUGCUGCUUUAGAGCCACUGGAAGUGAAAGCAAGUAAAGAUGGAAGUCCUUAUGCUAUAAGAACAUGCCUAGGCUGGACGCUUAAUGGCCCUCUUGGACGGAAGUGUACCAACAAAGAUAAAGGAGCAUUUUUCUGCGACUAYGAUGCAGAUCUACAAGAACAAUUCAACCGUUUCAUUAACUUAGAGUUUGCAGACUCUAUCGCAUGUGCCAAGUCAUCGAUGUCUCAAGAUGAUCAACGGGUACUGCAAGUAUACCAGCAAUCAGCAUGUAUGGUGGAUGGUCACUACCAAAUAGCCAUACCGUGGAAAAGUACUUCUCCGUCGCUACCUAACAACCGGCCACUGGCAGAGCAUCGUUUAAGACUUCUGAAAAAGRAACUGAUCAACGAUGGUACGUUCCUGAAGAAGUAUGGUGACUUUAUGGAUAACCUUGUAGACAAAGGAUAUGCAAGAAAGGAUCCUCAAGACCGUCUUAGUCGAGAUGAUGGCAAGGUUUGGUACCUACCUCACCACUCAGUAAUCCAUCCUCAAAAACCUGAAAAGGUUCGUGUCGUCUUGGACUGCGCCGCAAAGUAUCAUGGUGUAUCUUUGAAUGCUAACGUCUUACAAGGYCCUGACCUGRCAAGCCAUUUAUUUGGAGUACUGAUAAGAUUCAGAGAAGAACACUGCUGUAUAAUGUCAGACAUAGAAUCUAUGUAUUAUCAAGUUAAAGUCCACCCUGAUGAUGUUGAUGCGUUGCGCUUCUUAUGGUACCCAGGCAACGAUCUCACUAGAGAACCUGAAGACUACCAAAUGCUCGUUCAUCCUUUUGGGGGUGUAUGGAGCGCAAGCUGCGCCAACUAUGCACUGCGUCGCACUGGARCGGACAACUCUAAGGAUUUCGACGUACAAGUCGUAGAAGCUAUGAGAAGAAACUUUUACGUGGACGAUUGUCUGAAGAGUAUGAAGUCUGAAGAAAAGGCAAUUGACUUUGCGCAGAGCUUAUCAUGUCUUCUUGCACGUGGUGGUUUUCACCURACCAAAUGGUUCAGCAAUAGCAGAAAAGUGAUUGACACGAUUCCUGAACAAGAAAGAGUAGCAGAGCUACUGGACCUAAGUCAAAAUGACCUACCUACCGAAAGAGCGCUUGGUGUACGUUGGAAUGCUGAAAGCGACAAGUUCGUCAUUGCAGUCAAGCCUAAAGAUCGCCCAGCUACGAGAAGAGGUAUUCUGAGUGUAGUGUCCUCAGUCUACGAUCCAUUUGGUUUUGUGAGUCCAUUUGUGUUGUCUUCCAAGUCCAUUCUAAGAGACCUGUCAACUCUGGGUUCGGACGACGUGAUACCUGAUCGUCAACUCGCUAGAUGGAACCAUUGGAUGGGUGAUCUUCACAAGCUGGAGAAUUUCUCUCUUGAUCGAUGUUUCAAGCCACCAGAAUUUGGUAACGUUGUACAUAGCCGAUUGCAUCACUUCUCCGACGCAUCGGAAGUUGGUUACGCUGCAGUAUCAUAUUUAAGACAAGAAAACGACAGAGGAGACGUCCACUKUGCCUAUGUGAUUGGAAAGUCACGUAUUGCCCCUUUAAAGCAGUUAUCCAUCCCACGUUUAGAGCUUUCAGCCGCAACCGUUUCUGUGCGAUUGGAUCAAAUGCUGGUAAAAGAAAUUGACAUCAAGCUUGAAAGUUCCAUGUUUUGGACAGRUAGUACGGCUGUACUUGGUUAUAUCGACAACAGAGACAAACGUUAUCAAACAUUUGUUGCAAAUCGUCUCAGUUUCAUUCAUGACGGCUCAAGACCAGAACAAUGGAAGUAUAUUGACACAAAAUCAAACCCUGCAGAUGUGGCUUCUAGAGGAACCUCAGCUGACAAGUUGUUWCGAAACAAGCAAUGGUUCUAUGGCCCARACUUCUUGUGGACUGCCGAACAGACUUGGCCAGCUCAACCUGAUAUAAAGAGAAAGAUACCUACAGAUGAUAUAGAAGUGAAACCUGAAGCGGUAUUUCAUUCAGAAGUUCAAAAGCCUGCCGUUGACCUGCUAGAAAGAAUGUUUACGCGAUUUUCCUCGUGGACCAAGCUGAAAAAGACCGUCGCAUGGUUGCUACGUUACAARAACUGGCUUUUGUACAAGAUCAGAGCCAAACGCCAAAUUUCAUGCAGUCCACCAGCUCAAGGAAGGCUAUCAGUGGUAGAGUUUGAGUCUGCUGAGCACGAGUUACUGGUAUGCGUACAGAGACUGUGUUUUUCUGAUGAGUUUCGUGCUAUGUCUGCAGGAGAAGGUGUCAAGACUUCAAGUCCAGUGUACAAGUUAGAUCCAGUCAUUUGCAAUGGUUUGUUAUGCGUUGGUGGUCGCAUGAGGAACGCCCACAUCGAUGACAGUGCGAAGCAUCCAGUUCUUCUUCCUAAAAGGCAUCCCAUCGUCAACCUUAUAGUUCGCCAUUUYCAUGUAAUUUCUGGCCACUCAGGGCAAGAGCAUGUACUAUCACUCAUCAGAGAGCAUUUUUGGAUUGUACGAGCAAGAGUGAGUGUGCGCAACUUACUUCGGAACUGCAUUGACUGCAAGAAACGGCAACAAAGACCAGCGCAACARAAGAUGGCCGACUUGCCUCCUGACCGAGUCACUCCCGGGAAACCACCUUUCACGUUUACAGCUGUAGAUUGUUUUGGUCCUUUCCUAGUGAAACGUGGCAGAUCACGAGUGAAAAGGUAUGGCRUGAUAUUUACCUGCUUGGCCAUUAGAGMUAUCCACAUAGAAGUUGCCCAUAGCUURGACACAGCAUCCUUCAUCAACUCGCUUAGAAGAUUUAUCAGUAGAAGAGGCACACCAGAAGAAAUGAGAUCUGAUAAUGGAGGGAAUUUUAAGGCUGGUGAAAGAGAGUUGAGACAAGCUAUCGAUGACUGGAACAAAGAUCAGAUAUGUGAAUUCAUGCUUCAGAGAAAUAUCCAGUGGACCUUCAAUCCACCACUUGCCUCACACAUGGGAGGCGUUUGGGAGARAUGUAUCCGGACCGUAAGGAAAGUGAUGWCUGCCCUACUUGAAGAACAAGUCCUAGAUGAUGAAGGCCUUUGCACCCWUACUUGUGAAGUGGAARCUAUAGUAAACAGCAGACCGCUGACCAAAGUCUCCGACGACCCCAAGGACUUUGAGGCUCUGACACCAAACCAUUUACUUCUUCUAAGGAAAG